CCCGUAAUGCUGUGAAUUACUGAUUUGCUCUCAAACGUCAUGCUACUAUAAAUUUCCGUUCAAAUUUCAUGCCCAUCACUGAUCCCCCACCACCAAUGGCUUCCACACAUCGAACGCGCAAAUCGUCUACUCUGCUCACUCCCACUAUCAACACCAAACCCUCUAGAACCCGGAUUUCGCCGUCGUCUCUUUCCUUGCCCCUCGAACCUUCACCGGAUUUCUUCCCCACCUCUAAAGCGGAGAUCUUGAGGCUCGUCUCUGUAAUAUCCAUUGCCACCUUCAUCGCUGUCGUAUGUAAUUACAUAGCCGCCGUUGUCAAUCAACAGCCAAAACCCUUUUGUACUUCCAAUUCAGAGUUGGAAGGCGCCCUAUCUGACUUCUGUGAACCUUGUCCAAGCAAUGGAGUGUGCUAUGAUGGCAAAUUGGAAUGUGCACAUGGCUAUCAGAAGCAUGGGGACUCAUGCAUAGAAGAUUCAAAAGUUAGUCAAGCCGCGAAGGAACUUUACAAGUUUGUAGAAGAUCACGUGUGCAAGGAAUAUGCUCAACAUAUGUGUGGUGGCACUGGUGCUAUUUGGGUUCAAGAAGAUGGGGUUUUGAAUAAGUUUGGAGAAACUAUGAUGAUGAACUAUUAUGGCUUAAGUGAUGUUGCAUAUGGUCAUGCAAAGCAGAGAGCUAUUGAGGCAGUUGGCGAAUUACUUGAGAGAAGGACGGAUCACCAUGGGUAUGGUUCAGCUGAUCUUUUAUAUGAAAAUUAAGGAGGUGAAGUGUCCAGACCAGCUAGCUCAAAAACACAUGCCACUUUCUUGUCUUGUUCAGCAGUGGAUUGUAGAAAAUACUAUAGCAAUACUUGCAGCCUGUGCAUUGCUUGUUGGGUGCUUUGUGAUACUGUUGAGGGUCCGUCGAAGGCACUACUUAUCACUCCGAGCUGAAGAACUCUAUAAUGAAGUUUGUGAUGUUGUUGAAGAGAAGGCAUUGCUUUCGAGGAGUACUAACUAUGAGAGUGAACCAUGGGUGAUUGCUUCAUGGUUACGAGAUUAUCUUCUCUCACCCACAGAAAGAAAAGACCCAAUAUUGUGGAAAAAGGUUGAAGAGUUAGUUCUUGAAGAUUCACGUUUAGAGCAGUACCCUAAGGUGGUGAAGGGUGAAUCUAAGGUGGUCUGGGAGUGGCAAGUUGAGGGCUCCCUAAGCUCAUCAGGAAAGAAAAGGGCACACAACCGAAGAAAGCCGGAGUCAUCACACAAUCAAAGAAAGCCGGAGUCAGGUGAAGGAAUGGACUUAUCUUCUCGAGGGAAAAACUGGGUACCCAAGGCUGUUGCUGCUGCUUUGCAUAACUGAGGUGAUUUGUAGAUGUUGCUUGUUGGUGAACACCCCUGUAUGUUUCAUAUAGAUCAUUGUAGUCCUUUUACACUGGAAAACUUGUAGCGAUUAGAGUAGUUAGUUCGGAAACACAUGAAUUCACAAUCAAUAGAUUGAGAAUUCUUACUCAUAGGCUCCAUUCGGAACUGGGCAAGCAAAUGCCAGAGAAAGAAAUUAGUGGGAAAAUGUAUCAGAAGUUUGGAAGGAUAAAAAUGUCCAAGGAAAAUAUAUAUAAAACGCUAGUUCAAA